AUGCUUCCGCAGCAUUUCGAUCUCCUGAAGGGCCUUGUCAACCCGAAUUAUGUAGAGCAGGGGGCGCAGGCAAGGAACUCGCGCUCCAAGCAUUUCACGGCUCUGUUUACGCAGCGUCGCCUACCAGAUGUUGGCUGGAAAGAGGAUGACAUCAAAUCCUUGCUGGACGAAAUGGCGUCCUUUGACACCAACAACUUUGAGGGCAACGUUGGAGUUGGCGAAAGAGAAGGCCGUGUCAUUUGCGACAUGGUUCGGCGGAGGCAUUUUGGUCUGACGCACGGUAUUGGCAGAAGUGGAGACGUCAUGGCAGAACAGCCCAAAGCAGCAGGCUCUUCACUUCUUGUGCAGUUGACGCGAUACUUGGCACUGGAUGCAAUUCGGUUGUCUGGGAUAAAGGCUGCCAAAGCUUGUGCAGUCUUGCCUGCAGCCACAGGACUCACCAUGACCUUGGUCUUCCUGGCACUUAGACAGAUGAGGCCUCAGGGGAAGUAUGUGGUGUGGUCGAGGAUAGAUCAGAAGUCCUGCUUCAAGGCGAUUGGAGCAGCUGGAUUGAAAGCCAUUGUCGUUGAGCUGAAACCCAUCGAAGGUACUGAUGCGUUGGGAACGGACAUUGCCGGCAUGCAAAGUGCGAUCGAGAAAGUGGGAGCGGAGGAGGUCUUGUGUAUCUGCACGACCACCUCCACCUUUGCGCCCAGAGUUCCCGAUUUCAUUGAUGAGGUCGCUGUACUGGCGAAGGAUUUGAACGUGCCUCACGUUAUCAACAAUGCGUAUGGUUUGCAAUGCUCCAAGUGCACACAUUUGGUGGAGACUGGCUGCCGCCGCGGCCGAGUGGAUGCCUUCGUGCAAAGCACCGACAAGAACUUCAUGGUGCCAGUGGGUGGUGCGAUUGUGGCCGGCCCUUCCUCUGCUCUGGUGGACAAAGUCUCAUCGCUCUAUCCGGGUCGUGCGUCCAUGAGUCCUGUGUUGGACCUGUUCAUAACUUUACUGUCCUUGGGCGCAUCGGGCUGGACUGGGCUCCUCCAAGAGCGCAAGGAGAAUGCGAAGUGGUUCGAGGAACGCCUCUCGUCGGUCUCAGAAAAGCUGGGUCUUCGAGUGCUGAAGGCUCUUGCACGAAUUACUUGCGCCAGUGAUGGCGGCUCUUUGCAAUGGCUUGGAGCAGCAAAUUUCAAGGCAACCCUGCCUUCCAAGGCUGACGACACGCUAACCACGCGUGCAAAAGAGCGCCAAAGAAAAGCCUCAUGUCCUUGCCUUGCAGUGAAUGGGGAUGAACGUAUUUCAGUCUUGGGUUGCAAUGAUUUCGAGACAGUUCCAGCGAAAGCAUCAUUGAGGCGCGUGGCGUGUGUUUGUCAGUCGGGCAUGGGGCUCCACUGGGACCUUCUUCGACAAACUGCUUCGCAGGCAGGUGUUUACCAUUCUUUGGUCAUUACAAAAAUUCUCGUCCGUGCGAGUCAGUCCUGCACGCCUUGGGCAUAUGACAUCGCCAUGUAUCGAGCCUGCAUGGACCGUAUGGACACCAGCUGUUGCAGGCGCUUACGCCCGACUUCUCCUCUAGAGCAGUACCAAGCAGCCCAAGAGCACCUUGUGGAAACUCUAGCAGUGCUACCUUUUGCUGAAGAAUGUCUCCAGCCCCAAGCACAACCCAGAUGGCCAAUAUCCACCUUUGACGUCCAUUCGAACUAUGUCCGAUUUUACCGAGCAAUCUCAUACUACUUUCAAACCGCUGAGCUCAUAGAGGAUUUGCUUUGGCAGCCAAGCAGGACCUGCAUGGAUGAUGCUGACUGCCAGGGAAUGCUGGAUCAUGUCUGCAGCAUGCGGCUGCAUCGAUGCGUUCACAUGCAGGAAGGUUGUCCGAAGAAUGCGGAGGUGUGUCCUCCAGCUGAGCGUUGCACAUCGGUGAAGUCCUUCAGUGACAGCUGCGCCUUAGAGAUUUCACCAGUGUGCAUCAACAAUGGCGAAAUUCAGGCAUUCCAUCCAAACAAGGCCUGUCUUGCUGGCCUUGAAGUCCCCACGAUGAUCAAGGCAUGCUCAGAGAUGGGAACGACGCUUUACCCGUUGCAGUGGUGCUCCACUUCCUAUCACCAGACCUUCCGCGAUUUUGGAGGAGCUGCAGCUGCAGAGGAAGCCUUCAUCCUGCCCGUAACUCUGAGAUUGAGGAGCCCAUGGCAUAUGCUGCACUCAUUGGUUCCUGCCUUCGCCCAAGCGCGGAUGGAUGAGAGCUACGGCUUCAAUCCUGGAGGUGACUUUGACCUUCUGAUCGUGGACCAAGACCUCGACAAAGAUCGCCACAUUUGGGGGAAAGUAUUCGGUGCUGAAGCCUCGAACAAGUCCAUGGGUGGUUUGGAUUUCCUGCUUCAGCUGAUCAGCAACAGACCCUACAAGAUGCUUGCAGAAGUGCAAGGCGCCUGCUACGAACGCGCAAUUUGGGGGCAUGAACUGAUGCUAUAUUCUGGUGGUGGAUGGGCCAACGAGACGCACAUGACUGGAUUUGUCAAUGCUGCUCGUCGGAUGGUUCAGGCUCUGCCUGUGCAGGAAGAAGUUGCUGGGAUUCCUCGACUUCUCCUGGUGGAGAGGCGAAAUAGCAGUGCAUGGGGCCGCUGGAUAGACAACUUUGCCGAUGUUCAUGCAACUGCUGAAGAAUGGGUGGCCGAACACCCUGCCUUGGUGAGUGGCGUAGAAGUGGCCGAUUUAGCAGAGCUGACCUGGUCCAACCAGCUGCGGUUGGCUGUCAGGAUGAGGUUGCUAUUUGGUGCCCAUGGCGAUGGAUUGAGCUGGGCCGUUUUCAUGGGAGCUGGUUCUGCUUUGCUGGAAGCAGUGCCUGCAAGAGAGGCGGGUUUCCAGGCAAGGUGGAAGGCAUGA